CAGCACCGUAGCUUCGUCCCGCAAUUUAAGCAAACAAACCUUCUAGUCAACAUCCACAAAGCUUCCCACGCCCUUGACGACCCAUAUACAACCACAAUGUCUACCUCUCCCCCACCCGAAGAGCGCGACAGGAUCGAGGCAGAGCGCAAAGCAAAAGAAGAUGCUGAACAGGCUGCUUUACCAUACAAAUGGACACAAACCAUCAGCGACCUUGACGUGACAAUAUCAAUCGACGGCAAAUACAAAGGUCGCGACCUUGAUGUCAAGCUCGGCAGGAAUACCCUGCGUGUCGCAAUCAAGGGACAAGAUGCUAUCAUCGAAGGCGACUUGCCACACCCCAUUCGUGUCGAUGAUUCCACAUGGACCCUCGAGACAGUCCCGAAUGGAAAGGAGAUAAGUGUGCAUCUUGACAAGGUCAAUAAAAUGGAAUGGUGGCCGCACGUUGUUACCAGCGCCCCAAAGAUAGACACAUCCAAGAUCCAACCUGAGAAUAGCACCCUGAGCGAUCUUGAUGGCGACACUCGUGGGAUGGUGGAAAAGAUGAUGUUUGACCAGAGACAAAAGGAGCGGGGUCUACCCACGAGCGACGAGCAGAAAAAGUUGGAUAUAUUGGAGCAAUUCAAAUUGCAACAUCCUGAGAUGGACUUUUCCAAGGCGAACAUGUCUCCCUGA